GCAACUUCUCGUAUAUCACUUCCCUCAUGGCCCCUCACUUCCUCUGCUGUCUGCCCAUCCGUUUUGGUGCCUUCAUCAUCUCCUUGAUUUCACUGGGCAUAGCCAUCCUUGUAGCGGGUAUAGCAUGGGCAGGUGUUUACCUUGAUGACCAUCCUAAUGCCAUCAAAGAUCCACGACAUCAAAUACCUGAUUUCAAGUUAUCGAGGGGGCAGAAGAUAAUGCUCAUUGUAUACGGGGUUAUAUACACACUGUUCACCGUUGUCUCGCUCUUUGGUCUGAUCGGAGUUCUCAUAAAGAGAGUCAACUAUGUCCGCACGUUCUCUGGGUUCCUCCGAGGCUUCUUGAUUGCCACAAGCAUCUUGUCAAUCAUCCAGCUCGUACUUUUCUUUGUAAAGAAAGACAAUAACUGCACAUUGGGCUCAGAAAGCUCCGGUACCUGCGUGAAAAGUCAAGGACUUUCCACUGGCGCAGUCAUUGCAAUCGUCAUCGUGGUCAUAUUGAUCCCCAUUCUCUUUUUAUCCUACGCUUGCUGGAUUAUUUCCGACUGCAUCAAGUACAUCGAAGACCAGCACGUCGGCUCUCGGAAUGUGGGCAUGUAUCCCUUCUCCCAGCCUUAUGCCGCCGUCAAGCCUCACGAAGUCGACCUCCAUCACCCUUACAACAAACCAUACGACAGCCAAGCUUAAUCUACUCGAUCUUACGGAAAGUUGUAUCUAGCCCUGUAUCCAUUCGGACUAUUUCAUAUUUAUCCUUCAUCUACAUCUACUGCAAUUACAGUUAUCUAUUGCACCGAUUCCGUGAUAUCAAGAACUAAAUUGA